GGCCAAAAUAUUUAAAAAUCGACUCCGGAAAAAAUCAUAUCUGAGUUAUAGCUAUAAAGGCCUUUUUAAAAGUGCCCAAAAAUCGUGUGUUUUUUAACCUAUUGAAGUAUUUUUGCCCUAUAACGAUGUCAGACAUCGAAAUGGAGAUGUCUCCUUUGAAUGAAGUAGGAUCCGAACAUUCAGAAGUUGAAAAUCCUCCUACACCUUGCAGCUAUGGCAGUCAAGAUGGCGAUUCAAAAAUAUCUCAUACAAACAGUGAACAUGAAGAAAGUAAUGAAGAACAAAAGAAUGAAGAAACACCAUCUAACCACGAUGUUCCUCAAGAAAAUGAUCCCGAAGCAGAAGAAAAUGAUUCUGUGGUUUCACCAAUAUCACCACUUGCACCAAUUUCACCAAUUUCAGACGAUGAGGUAGGCAAUGACAUUGAGAUAGACAAAGAUGCGGAAAACACUGAACCUGAAGGAAGUAAGGAAGAAAUAUCAGGAGAAGUGCCUAAGGCAAGUUCACCAGGAGAAAACCCUUUGAAUCAAGAUGAUUCAAAUGAUUUGAACAAAGAAAUUACUCUUGAUGCUCUUAAUGAAGUACCAGAGAAACAGGAAACGGUGGACAAAGUCGAGGCAUUCUCACAUGAGAAGGACAAACAAGAAGGCAAUAGAACAUCUGAAACAGUUGAGCCUCUAGAUAAUGACAGUGAGAAAAUGGAUAUUCCAUCCACUAAAAAUUAUUCAGGAAAUCUGGAGGAAAGUGAUUUGUUAAACAUUACAGAGAUAAGUGAUCUUUCUGUGGACUUGACUGGGGAUGAAGCUGCCAUUGUUGAAGAUAUCUUACAAAAUUCUGGUGAUGGAGACCUAUUACAUGGUGGGUCGGUUGAAGAAAGGUUGGUGACAGAUCACCAUGAGGAAAUAUCAGAGUCACAUAAAGAGAAUUCUCAUAAUCCUAAAGAAAAUGAUGGUGACAAUGAAGAGCAAGCAGGGGGUACAGGAGAACUUAUCAAUGAUAUUUUUGGAUCAAGUGACGAAGAUGAUGAAGACUUUGAUGGAUUUCAAGAUGAUGAGUUACAUGGGACAACAAAAAUCAAGAAGAAAAAUAAAUCAAAACAGGAAAAGAAAGAAGCUGAUGAUGGUGGUGAAGCCUCAAAACCUGAAACAGAGACAAAACAUGAAACAGAAACAGAAACAAAAGCUGACAAUGAAGAGUCUCUUACUGUUCCUCCCCCUCAAGACAGCGAUAGUGAUGAUGAUGAUGAUGAGAGAAAGUCUGAAAUAUUUAUAUCUGAUUUUGACCUCAUGAUGCAACAGAAGAAGGAGGAAAACAGACAAAGUCAUCGACGAAGAAAGAAUGUUGAUAUAAUAAAUGACAAUGAUGAUUUGGUUGCUGGAAUUAUUAAAAGAAUGCAAGAAGCUGCUCAAGAAGAUAGAUUAGCAAAUGAAGCUCGACAAGCUGCAACAAAGAAACUAAAACUACUUCCCACCGUGCUUAAACAUAUGUUAAAAAUUGAUUUGAUGCUAAUAUUUGUAGACAGUAAUGUUCUCCCAGUCCUAAAGGAAUGGAUCAGUCCACUUCCCGACGGUUCAUUACCACACAUCCAAAUCCGAGAAGGAAUACUAAAAGUUUUAGAACAGCUUCCUCCAGUGGAUAGUGGAGCUUUGAAGGUCUGUGGGAUUGGUAAAGCUGUCAUGUACCUGUUUAGACAUCCCAAAGAAACCAGGAAGAACAAGGAACGCGCUGGGAAAAUUAUAAGUGAGUGGUCAAGACCAAUAUUUGGAGUGACAGCAAACUUCAAGUCAAUGACGAGAGAGGAGAGAGAAGAGCGGGAUUACGCAAAUAUGUCAAAACGAAGGAGAUUAAGCAGCGACGGUGUUGAUGGGAGAAAAACCCCAAAGAGGAUCGAGAACGCUAUAAAAUCAGAUUCAAAGGCUCUCCGUCCAGGCGAAAAAGGUUGGUGUAUGCGUGCGAGAGUUCCAGCCCCGUCAAAUAAAGACUACGUUGUUCGACCGAAAAGCAACAUAGAUUAUGUUGACUUCUCAAAGUCUUCAAAGAAAACUUUAAAUCGUUUUGAAAAACAAAAGCGUAAACUCAACGAAAAGAAAGGUGUGACGAAACAACGUGCUGUUGAAAUCAGUCUUGAAGGAAGAAAAAUGGCUUUAUAGUGUAUUGAAUCAUUGAAUACUAUGAAACCAGGCUUUGUGGUAGUGAUUUGUACAGGUUAAAACCGGUUUAUAUCGUACGUCAUGCAAUAGGCCUUGUUUUCACGAGGAGUUUAUUCAACCUGUAAUGCGGGCUACCGACAUGGAAGAAAUUGUUCACAGUUUUCAUCAUUCUGCUGUAGCUUGACCAAUAUUGAAUGAACAAAGAUAUAGUUGAAAGGCUGAAACAUGCACCUCAGAGUUAUAUCUGGUCAAACUGCAUCAUCAUGUUAAAAUUUAACAUUCAUUUUUAAAAUCUUAAGGCUGACAGUUUCAAGUCCUAGUGUUUCUUAUAUUUCAUCAUCAUAUAGAAUAAUAAUUUUCUAGAGAGUCCUAACCAGGUCAUCAAAGUUCUUAAAAAAAUACGUACCUAAAAAAAUACGAGAGAAUGACCCUAACAACUUUGUGCAAUAGCGUGGUAGAAAGCAAUGUGGAUGGUUAAAUAGAAUAAAUUGAACAUG